AUGAGCUCCAUUUUUUACGACGAUCAACUGUUAAACUAUACAGAUGCGCAAAUCGCCCAUUAUAUCGACAUCCUCCCCUGCCUGCCAAAGCACUCUAACAUUACUUUGCUUUCUCCCAAGUAUCUGGCAAAAGCCUUUGAUGAGGCCGAGGCAAAAGAUGCCAUCACAGCCAUCGAAUUUGCGUCUGGACUCGGGAUCCACGUUCCGCGCAUUAAACGAAGCGUUCUGGCCGACAAUGCCGUAUACUGCAUAAUGGAUCGGAUUCCAGGAGCGACAUUAACUACCGAGUGGUUGAAUCUCGGCUGGUUCACAACCAUUCGGCUGGCCUUGCAGCUGCCACCUCGAAAUAUCAUGCUUGAUCCUACUGGCCAGCUGUGGGUUACCGACUGGGAUUAUGCCGGCUUUUAUCCCAAGUUCUUCGAGUACGCUGGCAUGCAAAACUUCAUCCCCACAGGCUGGAGCAGGUUCGCAUUGUGGCGAUAG